UGUGAAAGCCUCAGGUCUUCAGCUCGAAGGAGGCAAUCGGAUUGAAAGGAUUUCGUCAAAUAGAAAAUAAGAGAAAGAAAGUAACCAUAGCCCAGAGAUGCAAGUACCUCGGGUCAAGCUGCUCAUGGGCUCGGGAGCCAUGUUCGUAUUUGCCAUAAUCUACGGCUGGGUUAUCUUUCCGAAGAUUCUCAAGUUUAUGAUUUCAAAGCAAGUAACCCUAAAGCCGGGAUCGGAUGUUCGGGAACUCUGGUCCAACACUCCCUUUCCACUGCAUUUCUACUUCUAUGUCUUCAACGUUACCAAUCCGGAUGAGGUAUCCGAAGGCGCCAAGCCACGUCUACAGGAAGUGGGUCCCUUCGUAUUCGAUGAGUGGAAGGACAAGUACGAUUUGGAGGAUGACGUCGUGGAGGACACGGUCAGCUUCACCAUGAGGAACACCUUCAUAUUUAACGCAAAGGAGACGCUGCCACUCACGGGCGAGGAGGAGAUUAUCCUUCCGCAUCCCAUAAUGCAGCCUGGCGGCAUUUCGGUUCAAAGGGAGAAGGCUGCCAUGAUGGAGCUGGUUUCCAAGGGAUUAAGCAUAGUGUUUCCAGAUGCCAAAGCCUUUCUGAAAGCCAAAUUCAUGGAUUUGUUUUUCCGGGGCAUCAACGUAGACUGCUCCUCGGAAGAAUUCGCCGCAAAGGCGCUCUGCACGGUGUUUUACACGGGAGAGGUUAAGCAGGCCAAACAAGUAAACCAGACGCACUUUUUGUUCUCGUUUAUGGGUCAGGCGAAUCACUCGGAUGCUGGGAGGUUUACAGUCUGUCGCGGAGUGAAGAAUAACAAGAAGAUGGGAAAGGUUGUUAAGUUCGCCGACGAACCGGAGCAAGACGUUUGGCCAGAUGGCGAGUGCAACACCUUCGUGGGCACUGACUCCACGGUUUUUGCACCCGGCUUGAAGAAGGAGGAUGGCCUGUGGGCAUUCACACCCGAUUUGUGUAGAUCCCUGGGAGCCUAUUACCAGCACAAGUCAUCCUACCACGGCAUGCCGUCGAUGAGAUACACCCUGGACUUUGGGGAUAUACGUGCUGAUGAGAGGCUUCACUGCUUCUGCGAAGAUCCCGAAGAUCUGGACACGUGUCCGCCCAAGGGAACUAUGAAUCUGGCGGCCUGUGUUGGAGGUCCGUUGAUGGCAUCAAUGCCUCAUUUCUAUCUGGGCGACCCAAAGCUGAUUGCAGAUGUGGAUGGUCUUAAUCCGAAUGAAAAGGAUCAUGCUGUCUACAUAGACUUUGAACUCAUGUCUGGAACACCUUUUCAGGCUGCGAAGCGAUUGCAGUUUAACCUGGACAUGGAGCCAGUGGAGGGCAUCGAACCCAUGAGGAAUCUGCCCAAAUUGAUACUGCCCAUGUUUUGGGUGGAGGAGGGCGUACAUCUCAACAAGACCUACACGAACUUAGUAAAAUACACACUUUUUCUGGGCCUCAAAAUCAACUCUGUCUUGCGCUGGUCCCUAAUUACUUUCUCCCUGGUUGGCCUCAUGUUUUCCGCCUACCUUUUCUACCACAAGUCCGACAGUUUGGACAUAACCAGUAUCCUCAAGGAGAACAACAAGGUAGACGAUGUGGCCAGCACAAAGGAGCCCUUGCCUCCAGCGAAUCCAAAGCAAUCUACUACUGCGCACCCUGUUCAGGUGCCCAAUACUCUGAUUCCCGGCACGAAUCCCGCCACCCAUCCAGCUCCCCAUCUCAAAAGUGAGCACCGGGAGCGCUACUAAUCCCUCAAAUGGCGAUCUCCAGCGAUCUCUGCACCAUAGUCGUAGUCCACUGCACCUGUGUAGUCCAACAUGAGCUAAUAAAUUGAGACAGAUAUAA